GUUGAUCUUCAUUUGGCCUUGUCUACUUCCUCUGUUCAUGGCUCUAUACAAAUCCUGAAAUCAGGGCAUUUACAUUUUCCCUUUUGACAGAAUCCGAAAGCGACCAUGAGUUAGAUAGCGAUUCUCCAGUUUACUCAUUUGAUACACUGCUAAGAAAAUAAAACUGGAUAUAGCCAUAUUUAGUGUCAUAUCUUAUCUCUGUUUGAGUCAAGGAACCAUCCAAAAUCAAUCCACACCAAACACAUAACGCCAUUAGGAAUUUAGGAUCAGGCUUGUCCAUUUUCAAAAUCCUGUUAAAAGAACAAACUAAAAAAAAAGAAAGUGUUUAGAGAUUAGACACGUCGUCGUUUCACACGCGUAAACUCGUGGAUGAUGGAAGAAAGUUAAAAGCUCGUGUUUCGAAAGCAAGGGUUUUUGGACCAGUCGUCACUUUACCGGAUUUUUGUUUUGGUGCUCGACGACUCUGAUUCGAAAUCUCUCUCUCUCGGAAAAGCUGAAUCUGGAUCAUCAAAGUAUCAUUUUAAAGUUUGAUCAUUUCUUCUUUGGGUAUAUAGGGUAGUAUUCAAAAUGGCAGCUUCAGAAACAGUUCUACGUGUUCCAUUAGGAUCUGUAUCUCAAUCUUGCUAUCUAGCUUCCUUCUUUGUUAACUCAACACCAAACCUCUCGUUUAAACCCGUUAGUAGAAACAGAAAGACCGUCCGGUGUACAAACUCGCAUGAGGUCUCAAGCGUACCAAAACAUUCAUUUCAUAGUUCAAACUCUGUUUUGAAAGGUAAAAAGUUUGUUUCCACGAUAUGCAAAUGCCAAAAACAUGAUGUUGAGGAGAGUAUUAGAUCAACGUUACUUCCAUCUGACGGUUUGAGCAGUGAAUUGAAAAGUGACUUAGAUGAAAUGCCUUUACCUGUUAAUGGAAGUGUUUCAUCUAAUGGUAAUGCACAAUCAGUUGGAACAAAGUCUAUUGAGGAUGAAGCUUGGGAUCUGUUGAGGCAGUCUGUUGUUUUCUAUUGUGGAAGUCCUAUUGGAACUAUUGCUGCUAAUGAUCCGAACUCUACUAGUGUUUUGAAUUAUGAUCAGGUCUUUAUUCGUGAUUUCAUACCUUCGGGGAUCGCCUUUCUUCUUAAAGGAGAGUAUGAUAUUGUUCGCAAUUUCAUCCUUUACACUCUCCAGUUACAGAGUUGGGAGAAAACCAUGGAUUGCCAUAGUCCAGGUCAAGGUUUGAUGCCUUGUAGUUUCAAGGUGAAAACUGUUCCUCUCGAUGGCGAUGAUUCAAUGACCGAAGAAGUGUUAGAUCCUGAUUUUGGUGAAGCAGCUAUUGGACGUGUUGCCCCGGUUGAUUCUGGCUUGUGGUGGAUUAUUUUGUUGAGAGCAUAUGGAAAAUGCACUGGUGAUCUUUCCGUGCAGGAAAGAGUUGAUGUGCAGACUGGAAUCAAGAUGAUCUUAAAGCUGUGUCUCGCUGAUGGUUUCGAUAUGUUUCCUACUUUGUUAGUUACUGAUGGGUCCUGCAUGAUAGACCGUCGAAUGGGAAUCCAUGGUCAUCCCCUGGAGAUUCAGGCACUCUUUUAUUCGGCUUUGGUCUGCGCUCGUGAGAUGCUUACGCCAGAGGACGGGUCAGCUGAUCUAAUCCGAGCUCUCAACAAUCGUCUUGUUGCUUUAAAUUUCCACAUCAGGGAAUACUACUGGUUGGACCUGAAAAAGAUUAAUGAAAUAUACCGUUACCAGACCGAGGAAUACUCUUACGAUGCGGUUAAUAAAUUCAACAUAUAUCCAGAUCAGAUCCCUUCAUGGUUAGUGGACUUUAUGCCGAACAGAGGAGGAUAUUUGAUUGGAAACCUUCAGCCUGCUCACAUGGAUUUCAGAUUCUUUACUCUGGGGAACCUUUGGUCUAUAGUGAGCAGUUUGGCUUCAAAUGAUCAAUCACAUGCAAUUCUUGAUUUCAUCGAAGCCAAAUGGGCAGAACUUGUAGCAGACAUGCCACUUAAGAUCUGUUACCCUGCUAUGGAAGGUGAAGAAUGGCGAAUUAUAACCGGAAGUGAUCCAAAGAAUACUCCUUGGUCUUAUCACAAUGGAGGUGCAUGGCCAACUCUGCUAUGGCAGCUGACAGUUGCAAGCAUCAAAAUGGGUAGACCAGAGAUUGCAGAAAAGGCGGUUGAGUUAGCCGAGAGACGGAUUUCCUUAGACAAAUGGCCCGAGUACUACGAUACCAAAAGAGCAAGAUUCAUCGGUAAACAGGCACGGCUAUACCAGACUUGGUCCAUCGCAGGUUACCUAGUGGCCAAGCUCCUCUUAGCAAAUCCAGCUGCAGCAAAGUUCCUCACUAGUGAAGAGGAUUCGGAUUUGAGAAACGCAUUCUCUUGCAUGCUCAGCGCUAACCCGAGGAGGACAAGAGGACCCAAAAAAGCUCAACAACCAUUUAUUGUAUGAGAGGCUCAGACUUAUUUAUUUCAAAGUGAGCCAUGGAGGAGGCAUGGACCUUCAACAGAUUGAUACAAAAACGUGUCAUUGUUGUGUAAAUAGUCUCUCUUAGAAACUUACAUAAAAAUAGAUGAUGUUUGUUUUUAUCAUAUUAUUAAAAGCGUGUUUGGCUCAAGUAGUGAGUGGUCCAACAUGUUAAACAUAAUAAGAAACAGUAGCUAGUACCUAGAAGAAACAUCCACAAUUUUGCUGUAGAGCCACAUGUGUUAGGUCCUAUCGAACUAAAUUCAACUGACAAGGCUAUGAUUUAGCCUUCGAUAAUAUUUUAACUGGAUCCCAUCAGUGGUG